AUGGAGGUCACUCUGCUCUACUCCAACACCAGAGGAGACCCAAACAUCCCAUGCCCUCAGCAGACAAACACCGAUUGUCUCUGGCUUGACUUCCCCGCUGCUGAUGCGACUUACAAAAUUCAAGUUCAGGUCACUAACAAGCCCAAACAGCAAACCGUUUCAGUUCCAUUUGCAUGCAAAGUAACUCAAAACAUUAAACCUGGCCCAAUAGAAAACCUGUCAAUAGUAUCAGAAAGACCCGGAUGCUUGGUCAUCUCCUGGACUCAUCCAAGGGAAAACCGUAGCAAAGUUUACAGAAUCAAGCACACCAACGUUCUGAUUGAUAACCUCACAAACAGCCAUUACAACUCGUGUGAGUACAACACAAGUGAGUUUCGCCCUUACACACAUUACAACUUUUCCGUUGACUGUCUUCCGUCUGGCAUCUACGCAGGCUACUUCAGUGACCCUGUGUCCCAGGAUUUCUGGACGCCAAUGACAGCUCCAGAUCUGGGACCGUCAGCGACAAACGGCAGUUUUACCUCCACCCUGUGUGUGGACGGACACAGAAAUGUGACUCUCAUGUGGCAGUCGGUGGAUCCAGAGGCACGGAAUGGGAUCAUCACUAGCUAUCAAAUAAGAUCGGGACAUGAAAGUUGGAUCUCUACUACAUUUUCAGCAACUGUGAUUCUCACCUGUGACCCCGUGUCUGUGGCAAUCUUAGCCUUUAACCCAGAAGGGUUUUCCGUUAGUCCAACAAUUCUGCUCAUUUCAUCAAGCACAGUUUCCAAGACGGUACAAAAUUCUUUUGUGGUGGAAAUUGUAAACAUGAAUUCUACCACCGAAAUACUGAAAGCAUCAUGGGAAGAAAAGGAGGAAGUCAAAGGUGAAGUGGACUAUACCAUUUUCUGGUGUAAAGGUCGACUGGAGCAGUUCUGUGAGGGUGAAAUCCAAUGGAGUGAAGUGCCGGCCGGUGAUACAGAGUUUAGUAUCCUUAUUGAAAGUUCUCAUGCAGUAGAGUACAUCUAUGGUAUAUCCGGGACAAACACACACACGGGGAUUGCUUCGAGUGUGUUCUGGACUCCAUGUUUAUUCCGGCGAGUUCCCUACACACUGCCACCAAUCACUGCCAUGAACGUUAAAAGCCUGAAGGACAGCGUCUACGUCACUUGGUCAGCGGACAGCUGCUACUAUCAGUCCCAGGUCCGGUACACCAGUUUUGUGGUCAAGUGGUGCCGGACAGAUGCCUGCAAUGAUGCAAGUCAAAUAUCAAAUGCAACGGUGCCUGUGAGACAGUUAACCUACACCGUGUCAUCGCUUCCAGCUGGGGUCAACCACAGUUUCACCGUCCAGCCGAUGUCGUACAACACACCCGGUAGAGAAGUCGAUCCAUGGAAGGUGGCUGUUCCCUCGGCUACAGAUCCGGUUGUAGAUUCCAAUCUGACUGCUGUGCUGGGUGGACUUGCUAGCGGCGUUCUUGUCGUUACGGUGGUCACCUUUGUCUGCCGAUGUUGUCAGAAGCGUAGAGCCAAGAUCAAGAAAUUAGGAGACACCUUGAUUGUACACCUCCCAGGCAGGUCUGUGUCAGAACUGGGGUCACCCCUUGAAUGA